GGAGGCCCUCCCAGAAUGCACUGCCUGGAAGCAGGAAGCCCCGCCUCCUUCCCUGGGAGCCUCCUCCCCUGAAGCUGCUCUCUCUGCUUUCUGGAAGCCAGCGGACUGCCUGCUGCCUGCUGUCUGCUGCCCGAUGCCCAAUGCCCGCUGUCUGCCCCCUGCUUCCCGAUGCCCAGUGUCUGCUGCCCGUGCCACCGGGCCUCGUCUGGCGUCAUGGAGACGGUGACAUUCAAGGAUGUGGCUGUGCGCUUCACCAAGAAGGAGUGGGGCCUCUUGGACCCCCCUCAGAAGGAGUUGUACAAGGAGGUCAUGCUGGAGAAUGCCCGGAACCUGCUCUCCCUGGGGCUUCCAGUUCCCAGAGAAGAUGUGAUCUCUUAUUUGGAGCCAAGGGAAGCACCAGGGAUGCUGGAGCAAGAAGGCCUGAGGCACUGCUCUGCAGAAGGAGAGAUCAGACUUGAAAUGAAGGAGAGUAGUGCAGAGCUAAGCCUUUCUCUGGAAGAAACUCACAAGCAAAGACUCACAAGUGACAGUCCCUGUGACUUCUCUUGGAGAGAAAUCUGUGCCACACAUCAGAGAAUCCCCACUGGAGAGAAACUGUAUGACUGUAAUCAAUGUGAAAAGACUUUCAGAUCCAGUGGCCAUCUUGCAGCCCAUCAGAGAAUUCAUACUGGAGAGAAACCUUAUGAAUGUAAUCAGUGUGGAAAGGCUUUUACACAGAAGUCUAGUCUUAAUGGGCAUCAUAAAAUCCACACUGGAGAGAAACCUUAUGAAUGUAAUCAAUGUGGAAAGGAUUUUAGAAAUAGGUCUAAACUUAAUAUGCAUCAGAGAAUCCACACUGGAGAGAAACCUUAUGAAUGUAAGCAGUGUGGAAAGCCUUUUACUCAGAGACACAUUCUUGUGGAGCAUCAGAGAGUACACACUGGAGAGAAACCUUAUGAAUGUAAGCAAUGUGGAAAGACUUUUAAACAGAGAUCUACUCUUCAUGUGCAUCAGAGAAUCCACACUGGAGAGAAACCUUAUGGAUGUAAGCAAUGUGGAAAGGCUUUCAGAUCCAGUUCCCAUCUUGCUACCCAUCAGAGAAUCCACACUGGAGAGAAAGCUUAUGAAUGUAAUCAGUGUGGAAAGGCUUACAAAUAUAAGAGCAGUCUGGGUGCACAUCGUAAGAUCCAUACUGGAGAGAAACCUUAUGAAUGUAAUCAAUGUGGAAAGACUUUUACACUGAGGUCUCGUCUUAAUGUGCAUCAGAGAAUCCACACUGGAGAGAAACCUUAUGAAUGUAAGCAAUGUGGAAAGGCUUUUAGAAAGAGGUCUCAACUUAAUGUGCAUCAGAGAAUCCACAGUGGAGAGAAACCUUAUGAAUGUAAGCAAUGUGGAAAGACUUUUACACUAAGGUCUCAUCUUAAUGUGCAUCAGAGAAUCCACAGUGGAGAAAAACCUUAUGAAUGUAAACAAUGUGUAAAGUCUUUUAGAAAGAAGUCUCAACUUAAUGUGCAUCAGAAAAUCCACAGUGGAGAGAAACCUUAUGAAUGUAAGCAAUGUGGAAAGGCUUUUAGAAAGAGGUCUAAACUUAAUGUGCAUCAGAGAAUCCACACUGGAGAGAAACCUUAUGAAUGUAAUCAAUGUGGAAAGGCUUUUACACAGAAAUCUAGUCUUACUGUACAUCAGAGAAUCCAUACUGGAGAGAAACUUUAUGAAUGUAAGCAAUGUUGAAAGGCUUUUAGAAAGAAAAACUCUCUUGUUCAACAUCAGAGAAUCCACACUUUGGAGAAACCUUAUGAAGUGGAAAGACUUUUACACAGAAUCCCCAUCUUACUCAACAUUAGUGAAUCCACUCAGGAGAGAAACCAUAUGAAUGUGGAAAGAGUUUUAGUCAGUGAGUCACUCUUGCUCAGUAUCAAAGAAUCCACAAUGAAGAGAAACCAUAUGAAUGUAAUCAAUAUGGAAAGGUUUUUACAUGGAGAGAUACUGUUGCUCUACAUCAAAGAAUCCACAUUGAGAGCAAUUAUGCCCGAAGAAUUAUUAAACUGCCUAUAACUUUUGACCCAGAAAUAUCACUAUACUAUCUCUUUGCAAACAUGAUUUGAGAAAAAGGAAAAUAUUUCAUAUGUUCUAGAAUAUUUAUAGCAGCUCUCUUUGUGCUCUUUGUAUGUUCCAGAAAAGAACUGGAAAUUUUGGAUAUACUAUCAAUUGGGGAAUGAUUGGGCAAAUUGUAAUAUAUGAUUGUGAAAGAAUCCCACUGUGCUAUAAGAAAUAAUGAGCUUGGGUUUUGAAAAACAUGGAAAAAAUUGAACAAAAUAAUGAAGAGGAGAGUAAGCACCACUAAGAGAAUGUUGUGUAUAGCAAUGCUGAUUGGCUGGGAUUUUCCCAGUAAACCAUCAUAUCAUCAGUGAACAGGGAUAGUUUAAGCUCUUUACCUGUCUUUAUGCCUUUACUUCCUUUCUCUUGUCUUAUUGCUGUUGUUAGCAUUUCCAAAAGAGGGGGGAGACUAACCAUCCUUGCUUCACCCCUGCAUUUAUUAGAAAAGAUCCUAAUAUAACCCUGUUUCAUGUGAUACUUUUAGUUUUAGAUAUAUGUUUUUGUGAUACUGAAAAUGGUCCCACCAACUCUAUACUUUUCAUUAUAUUUUUAGCAUAAGUGGGUUGUACUUUCAAACUACCAAAAAAGUAUUUCAUUGAGCUGUCAAAUAUUAAAAUAUAGCUUUUGUAUCUGCCUGUCUCCUACAAACAAAU